AUGGAAGGUGGUCGUUACUCGGUUACAACAUCAUCAUCAUCAUCAACAUCGACAACAUCAACGGCAACAUCUUCAAUAACAAUCUAUAAUUACAAGAAAAACAUGUCACUUUACAUUGGUCGUGAGGCUUCCAAGCUAUGGAAGAGAGUUUGUGCAGAGACAACCACAGAAAUCAACCUUCUUGUGGAGAAUUGGAAGUACCUUCUCGCUGGUUUAGUUUUUCAGUAUAUUCAUGGUUUGGCUGCAAGAGGAGUUCAUUAUUUACAUAGGCCUGGUCCUACAUUACAGGAUCUUGGAUUCUUCGUUCUUCCGGAGCUUGGCCAAGAAAGAGCUUACAUUAGUGAAUCUUUGUUUACAAUUAUCUUUUUAUCGUUUUUCCUUUGGACUUUCCAUCCUUUCAUAUUCAAGACCAAAAAGAUCUACACGGUUCUAAUAUGGUGCAGGGUUCUAUCUUUCUUAGUUGCUGCUCAAGCUCUCCGCAUAGUGACAUUUUAUUCCACGCAACUUCCUGGUCCAAACUACCAUUGUCGCGAGGGAUCUCCACUAGCAACACUGCCUCAUCCGAAAAGCGUGGCUGAAGUGCUCUUGAUUAAUUUUCCUCACGGUGUGAUAUAUGGAUGUGGUGAUUUGAUAUUUUCAUCGCACAUGAUCUUUACUUUAGUCUUUGUUAACACAUACCAGAGAUAUGGCACAAAAAGGUGUAUAAAACAACUAGGAUGGGCUCUUACUAUCAUUCAGAGCUUUUUGAUAGUAGCAUCUCGCAAACAUUAUACUGUUGACGUAGUUGUUGCCUGGUAUACUGUGAAUUUGGUGGUGUUUUUUGUUGAGAAGAAAUUACAAGAAAUGCCAGACAGGACAGCUGCAACACUGUUGCUACCAUUAAGCACCAAAGACAACAAAGAUGGCAGAAACAAAGAAGAGAAUCACAAGUUGUUAAAUGGCAAUUCUGUUGACCCUUCAGAUUGGAGACAAAGAACUCAAGCAAAUGGCAAGAUUCUGGAAGAUGGUCAUGCACACCAUGCUGACUCUGCAAAGAAUGGUGCAUAG